CCAUUUGUCUUUAAAUCACUGUCCAACUGCUGUGGGUUGCACACAAGCAAACUUUUCAACAAAGGUGCAAAUUCUAAAAGAUAGAACUCACUCGGCAAGCAAGAGAACCAGCUCAGCCCACAGAACAGAGUGUUCUGGCAGCUCCCCAUGGUAAGGAGAACCCACAGACGGGCACUGCAGUCCUGUUUACCCUGAAGAAGAGACCGCAUGCUGGAAAUCGCUGACCACUCCAUGGAUCGCAUGGAGCAGCAAAAUGUCAACAUUGAACUCGAAGAGCAGAGCAACAGCGGGGAAAGCCUGGAAGACAACUACACAGAGCUGAUUGACUCUGAAAAGGCUGCAAUUAGGAGUCCAUUUGCUAGUGAUGAUGCAGAAAGUCAGAAGUUCCUUACAAAUGGAUAUCUGGAUAAAAAGAAAUUGGAAGACUAUGGUGAAGAAUAUCACCGGGGCAGAGCUUCCUUUGGCAUGUCCUCCUUCAACCUCAGCAAUGCCAUCAUGGGCAGUGGCAUUCUAGGGCUGGCCUAUGCCAUGGCCAACACAGGAAUCAUCCUUUUUGUAGUUCUGCUGCUCAGCGUUGCACUGCUGUCACUCUACUCAGUCCACCUCUUACUGAAGACAUCAAAAGAAGGAGGUUCAUUAAUAUAUGAGAAGCUGGGAGAAAAGGCAUUUGGAUGGCCUGGGAAGUGCAGUGUUUUCAUUUCGGUUACAAUGCAGAAUAUUGGAGCAAUGUCAAGCUACCUCUUUAUCAUUAAAUACGAACUUCCUGAAGUGAUCAGAGCAUUUAUGAAGCUUGAGGAGAAUUCUGGUGAAUGGUACCUAAAUGGGAACUACCUCGUCAUACUUGUAACAGUUGUGAUUAUUCUUCCCCUUUCACUUCUAAAAACAUUAGGUUAUCUUGGUUAUACGAGCGGUUUUUCGCUGACGUGUAUGGUUUUCUUUGUCAGUGUGGUAAUCUUCAAGAAAUUUCAAGUACCCUGUCCGCUCCCCAUCAUGGAUCAUGGGGCUGGAAAUUGGACAGCCACCAACAUCACACUGCCAAUGCACCUGGUCAUGUUACCAAAUGAGACUCUCAGUUCUGGGGUGAAUUUCAUGAUGGACAACACAGCUGGGCAUGUGCCAGGCCUUGAGGAGCCUAGAGAUACUUUCCUCAGAAGUGGUGUAGAAUAUGAAGCACACAGCGACAGCAGUGACUCGUGUCAGCCCAAAUACUUUGUGUUCAACUCACGGACUGCCUAUGCAAUUCCCAUCCUGGCAUUUGCAUUCGUAUGCCACCCUGAGGUGCUACCAAUAUACAGUGAACUGAAAGAUCGCUCCCGAAAGCGAAUGCAGAAUGUCUCAAAUAUCUCCAUCACUGGCAUGCUCAUCAUGUAUCUUCUGGCUGGUCUCUUUGGAUAUCUUACCUUCUAUGGAGAAGUUGAAGAUGAGCUACUUCACACAUACACCAGGGUGUACACUUUUGAUGCUCUCCUUCUGUCUGUGCGCCUUGCGGUGCUGGUGGCUGUCACCCUGACUGUGCCCCUUGUCCUUUUCCCUAUUCGUUCAUCUAUCAGUGCAUUACUGUUUCCCAAGAGGCCAUUCAGCUGGAUACGACACCUUCUGAUUGCAGCAGUAAUUCUUGCUUUUAAUAACAUGCUUGUGAUUUUUGUCCCAACUAUUAAAGACAUAUUUGGAUUUAUCGGUGCCUCUUCUGCCACAAUGCUGAUCUUCAUCCUCCCUUCUGCAUUCUACUUGCGGCUCGUUAAGAAGGAGCCCAUGAGGUCUCCCCAGAAGAUCGGGGCUCUUAUUUUUCUUAUAGUUGGCAUAAUCUUCAUGAUUGUGAGUAUGACUCUCAUUGUAAUGGACUGGAUUUACAAUACCCCAAGUUCCCGACAUCACUAACCUGUGGAAAGAACCAAGUGCUUUUCUUACCAUAAUGUUUGUAUUGUGUGCUCUAAAGGACACCAAAAUGGCACAGUUAUUCCUAGCUAGUAACUUCUAUAUUUUGAAGACUGUUUCUGGUAGGACACUAGAACCCAAUGGAGUCUAUGUCACUAAGGAUGGUUAUUUAUGCAUUAGGACCCAAGCUUAGCAUUUCUAGCCAGGCUGAAUAAAAUGUGUGAUGUGGAUGCUUUCUAUUUUCAAAACAAAUGUAAGAGUAACUGUGUACAUAGUCCUUAACAAUAGUUUGGUCCCACCCUUUUUGUUCUCUCCCAUUAUAUUCAUAACACAGUUCCUAGAGCACUGGAAAUGUAAUGGCCAGAAAACCAGUUAGUGCCUUGUUUUGCACAUGAAGCACAUAGGAGCAGCUGCCCAGCUCCUAGAGAAAAUACAUGAUUUCUGUAGGGGAUCAAAAAAGUGACUUCUCCCCAUGGACUGGUCUAUCAGAAAGGCAACAGCUUUGGCAAGCCAGUGGACAAAGCCAAGCAUCAGAUAUGUUGCCCAUAUUUGUCUCCCUUGACAUGUGAUGGCUGUUGUAUGGAAUAAAGCUCUCUCACACAGGAGCCCCUGUACUGUGAGUGAAGAACAUCUGAGCAAUCAUGUAUUGUUGUUAAAGAUGUCUCUGCUGGAAACAUUAGGCACUUCUGGGGUGGGUUUUUUUGUUUUCUUAGCUUUUUUAAUUCUUGUCUGAGCUUGCAUCACUGAACAAGUUCCAUCCUCUAUAGAAGCUUGUCUUCCAUUGUCACGGGAAUUUAAGGAGACCACAAGGUGUGGCUGAGCACCCUGUCCAGUAUUGUUCAGCACUUGUCUGUUUGAUAAAUGUUCGGUGCAGGAAACUGUAAUUUGCUAUAUGUAUUAAUAUAUGUAUUUAUGUACAUAAUCCUUUGUUUUCUUCUAGUUAUAAAAAUGUUACCCUCUGUUACAUGAUUUCUGAUUUUUUUUUCUUUUAAAAUUUAUUUUAUAUGUCACUCUGUUUUCACAGCCACACACUUAAUAUUGUUUUGAAGAAAAUAUUUUGGAUAACUGGGUUUGUUAAAGGCUUGUUUUAUUCAGUAGCAUUUGAAAUACACUUGCCACAAACGCUGGCCGUUACCUGUGUACAAACAAGUUCAGACAUUUAAUACUUAUGUUACAAUAAAUGACAAGAUGUUUUCCUCUUGAGAAUUUCUAAUAUGUGCAUCAAAGUUCUGUAUUACCACUAUGAACCAAGAACUGGACUAACUUGCUCAGCUCAGUUAUGCAUAUGCCAGCAUUCAAAAGCAUGCAUAAUUAAGCUAUGUAAAGGAAAAGAUAUUACUGAUAAUCUCAAGUGUAUUGUGCUACACAGCUGUGGAAGAGAGAAAAAAAAUGUGACGUUCCAUGUUAUAAAGAUGCUUAAUUAGCAUCUAGUAGCCUCCAGACUGUAUUUUGUCAGAUCUAUGGGGAACUCUACAGAUGCUCUCUGUACUGUUUUUCUCCAAGAGAGGUGACAGGAGCUCUGUAGAAGAGGGAAUUAGUGGGAAGGUGCAACUAUUGGGUUUAACAUAUUUAGGAAAAUCCAGUCUCCUGUAAUUGGUGUUUCUAUUUUCCAACUUAGAAAUCCAUUGCAUGCACACAUGUGAACUCUGAAAUCCAACUAAAGCUGCCUCUGCCCACUCUUCAGCUUCACAUAAAAUUGACCAUGUGUGUCUGUGUCUGUCUGUGUGCGUGCCUGCAUGUAAGUGUGGGUAGGCAUACCAAUUGACUGGAAAAGUGUGUCAGAUAUAUAUUCCAUGCCAACUGCCGUCUUUCUGAGCACUGUUUUACACCCACUUGAGUACUGACUGCAUCCUUAAUACUCUAGAGUAUACCUCCUUGUGAACGCUAACUGGUUUUGCCUUUAUUUAUUUUUUAAAGUUUCCUAUAUUUUGUUCUAUUUGAAGCAAAUUAAUUCCAACAAUGUUCCAUUAGUACUGAAGAGCGUUUGAUGUGAACAAAAGUUAAUAGCAAUAUGCCCAAAAACCUCUCUUCUUGUUAGCAUUAGUGAGUUACAUGUAUGGAAGAACUGAAUUAUAACUGUGUUUGUUUCAGAGCGCUUACAUCUAUUGUCUGCAGCUGCAUGUGAAAACUUAGAAAUUAAUGUCUCAUGUAAAAUGUAGAUGACCCCAAGAAAAGUAACUGAAAAACCAUGGAACAAUAGCUCUAAUCACUGCCUUUUGGUGGCACAAAUAUAUUGGUGUCCAGCAUAAAUGUGGGGAGUCUGUAACAUGUCAGAUAUUCCAGUUAAUAAGCAUUGCUCACAGCAACAUGCAGCUGUUAGCGGGCAUAAGGCUAGCACUGCACACUAACUUGUUAGCACUGCUGGAAAUGGAGGAUGCUGCAUUUUCUUGUUUGUCCUGUCAUGUUGACAAUGAGGAUUUUUAUUACAAAAUUAUCCGUUGAUGUACAAUAAAUGAAUUUUUCAAGGA